AAAAAUUCUUAAAUGGUGCUCAGCGCAGGGUCUCCCCGCCUCACUUAGGCUCCACCCGAACCUGGAACAGCGCAUGCGCGGCCCCGCCCCACCCCUUAUCCCCCUUCCCCCAAACCGGAAACUCGCCCCCGUUUCCUGUAACGGACCCCAGUUCCGGUUCUAUCCCAGAGCUGUUGCCGCGUCCGAGACCAACGGACGUUGCCUAGAAGUCUCCGUUGCCACUGAGUGCCUCUGGCUCCUCCCGCCAUUCAAGCUGGGCAAUCUUCGGGGCCGCCGCCGCCUUCGGCCUCGCCACUGCCUGUUCCGGGGUCCUCGCUUCAGAGUUGCCUUGACCAUGGUGCCAACGCCGCCAGCCAUGGCCACCGCGCCGUUCUCUCAAGUGCGCCAGAACUACCACCCUGAAUGCGAGGCCGCCAUCAACAGCCAGAUCAACCUGGAGCUCUACGCCUCCUACAUGUACCUGUCCAUGGCUUUCUAUUUCGACCGCGCUGACGUGGCCCUGGAGAAUUUCUCCAAGUUCUUCCUGCGCCAGUCCCAUGAGGAGAAGGAGCGUGUCGAGAAGCUGAUGCAGCUGCAGAACCAGCGUGGGGGCCGCAUCCGCCUCCGCAACAUCAUGAAGCCUGACCGCGACAACUGGGAGAGCGGCCUCAACGCCAUGGAGUGCGCCUUUCACCUGGAGAAGAGCGUUAACCAGAGCCUGCUCGACCUGCACCAGCUGGCCACCAACAAGAACGACGCCCAUCUGUGCAGCUUCCUGGAGACCAACUACCUGCCCGAGCAAGUCAAGGUCAUCAAAGAGUUGGGGGGCUACAUCACCAGCCUGCGCAAGAUGGGGGCCCUGGAAGAUGGCUUGGCAGAGUACCUCUUUGACAAGCUCACCCUGGGCAACAGCGACAAGCACUGAGUUGGGACUGCCUUCCCAUAGCCACAGGGUGCAUGGUAACUUCCCCUGGUCACCAUGCCGAGCAUGCAUUUUGCAGUAUUGCACUUGCAAAACGUUCCAGUUUUUUUCCUUCCAGUUUUGCCAUAAAGUUACUUGGUUGCAAUAAAGUUGUUUUGUUCCUAAAUAAA